AUGCCACCAAAAAAGGCCAACCGCGUCACCAAAGGCGGCAAGCUCGGCCACGGCCCCAAAUGGACGCCCUUCGAAGCCUGGAACUUCGAGCGCACCGUCCGCGAGAUCAUCCCGGGAGCCGUCUGCAAGCAAAUCGAAUCCUUCUACGCGGACCCUCGUCGCUGGACCGUCUCGGGCCGUCCGCAACGGCCGCGCCUGACCAAGUUCCCGGCCACAGAGCAGGACUCCAAGUCCGGCUGCAUCACGGACCACGCGCGCGCGGCGGUCGCCGAGCCCGUCGACAGCCAGGGCGUGGCCUGCUUCACCGUUUCGAGUGCGGCUGCAACCCCCGACGAUCCCGCCUGCGGGUGGACUAAGUGGCUUGAGAUCCGCCACACGGGCAGCGCCGAUAAGGGGUACGGGAUCUUCGUCAAGAGCACUGGCCGCUACGAGAUCCCCCAGGGGUCGUAUCUCGGGCAUUAUGUCGGCGAGAUCAUCCCCGGCCCGCCCAAGACCAAGGGCAAGGAUGCCGACAACAGGUACCUCUAUGAGCUGCAGGUUGGGCUGGAGUGGGAUGCCGAUCGGCCACUUGUGGAUGCGAGCAAGAUGGGAAAUUGGACGCGCUUCAUGAACUCGAGCUGCGAUCCGAAUGUGGGCGAGAGGAUCAUGCAGAUUGGGAAAGUGCGGGUGAUUGCCUUCUUUGCGAACAAGAUGUUGAAGAGCGGCGAUGAGCUUUGUAUCUAUUACGGGGAUGAUUAUUUCAAUGGCCAUGGGCUGUUGUGUAGUUGUGAUGAGAUCGCGGGCGGACCGCAUGAUCCCUCGGCUGUUGGAGCGGGAGAGAGGGCUAGGGAGAGGCUGCAGGAGGCUCUGGCGGAUUAUUGA